UUUAAAGAAAAUCAUUUAUUUUAGAUAUACCGGAACUGGAAUGGAUUCGGAGUUAAUGGCGGUGGCCGAUGAAGGCGAAUCAGCAUGGCAGGCGGAUAUUAGUGAUGUAAAACGGGAAGGUGUGACGCCAGAUGUGCCAAAAGAUGACAUAAUGACGGGAGAAGGAGCGACUGGUUUUAGUUCACUAAUUGCCGACAGACCGACUGCCGGUCAGACGGCAACAAGUCCACAAUUGCUUGAAGCCUGCGCAGAAGUUGUCAUUCAGCAAUCACUCGGAGGUAUGGAGACUAUUAGUGCUCCUAUUUGGGUACCGCCAGAACCACAGAAUGUUGUUGCCAUGGAAACCAGCAACCAGUUAGAUUCUGCAGCAGGUUACGUUCCACGUGUUGUUGACUCUAGUCAGAUCUCGCCAAUAUCUCCUGCAGACGUGCCCAACAGCGUAACCUACUGUGACGACGCUGUCCUGUCAGAGAUGGCGGCAAAUUUCCGAAAUUAUAUGACCCAUCUGUCUCAGCUUUCGCCAGAUCAGGACAAUACACGUACAGCUUUGUUCGAUACACGUGCUGGCGUAACAAGAUUGCAACCUGGAAAUGAGAAUUGGCAGGAUAGUAUGGUUGAAAUGUGUUCCUCUGGGAGUGAUUCCGAAGACUGUAGUUUAAGUUGUGAUUUGCCGAUAAUACGAAAGACACACAGGAGUUCUGGACAUUUAGAUAGGAAUAGACCAGACAUGAGGCUCGAUAACGGGCGAGUAUGUGAUAUUCACGAUCGAGCACACUUACGAAGGAAUCCUCAUUUUCCUUACGAGUCUUUAGGGACUCCGCGUUUGGCAUGGGGAGAGACCCCACGCGAAGCUUGGAGUGAUCAUUCCGAUGAUCCCAUGUUUGACUCUUUGAAUCCUUACGCUUUAUUUAACCUGCCAAAAUCAAACCAGCGAGGAAAACGCAAGCAAAAAUCUCAUACCUGCUCAUGCAGAAAUCAUUCAAGUGGUGCAAGUAGAGACAUGGUCAGUCCAAACAGUGCUCAUGUUUCGCGUAUUGUUGAAAACCGGAACCGAAAUCACAUUCCUUCUCCCCAAAAUGACACUUUUUCGCCUCGUAGGCAAACCAGUCCACACACUCGUGAAAAAAGUCACGAUCAUCGUUUUGAAAUCGACAACUAUUCUGGUAACAGGGAUCGUAGCCAGAGCCCAGAUUCGGUUUUAGACCGUAGUCAUGAAGUUCCAACGGGAGAUCCUUGCCUAGAUUCACGGGGAUACAUAAGCAAUCACACAACAAGUCCACAGCCCUCGACUAGUUCGGGAAUCAUUGGGCAUAAUCAAUAUGGAAACAGGAUUUUAGGACAUUCUAAGUCACUUCCAAUUUUCUCUUCCCAAGAGAGCAUGGAUACUAACAGCGAAACCGGUGAGUCCUCGGACACCGAUAUUGAUGUAAUGUCAGUAAAUAAUGCUAGCGGGGGACUUGCAUCUAAUCCUGGAUCACGUUCACUGGUUCUUCCUCGUUACAGUCCACAUGAGGAAGGACUUUGUAGUCAUAAUGAUCGGUCACCAAGAACUCAUUCACACGAUAAUCUUGGAAUUGUGCGCCCAAAAGCAAUAAAAUUAGAAUCUGGUCAGAAAUUUCAUACGUGUGACAAUUCUCAUUGUGAACACUACCCAGAACAAGGAGUUAUUGAGUCUAAUUUGAAAGGAAAAGCUCUUCAGACAAGAAGAUCUGGCCGUAAAGGUGACAGCUUUGAACAAACCUUUCUGCAGCCAACUAAUAACUUCCCACCGAGUUCGGAAACACGCAUUUUACAGAUGACUCAAUCUCAGCAAAUUAUAAAUAACAGUUCAGGUGACAGCCGUCAGUCAAGUGUUAUACGAGAUAAUACAACGAGAAACUCGAAUAGUGCUCAAAUUCAUCCAGAACGGAGAAAGUCGCUAAAAGACAUGCAUAAUUCAGUAAUACGCGAGCGGAUAUGGUCUGAUAGGCCACACGAUCCUACCGAAAUGAUAUCUGAUAAUGAAAGGAGUAUAGAUUUAACAGGAAUAGAUACUGACGAAAAUACUAGAAGUGAAAAUUCUGGACGUCGUUCUGAUUCUCCAGUUUUACCGGAAGUCCACUUACCGUCUGCAUCGGAUGAUAGUGAUAUAGAGGUUGUGAAAAUUGAAACAAAUAGGCCUCCAAGGCGACGGCAAGACCUUUCUAGCCGAGCUACGGUAGUCGUUGACUUGACAGAAUCAGAUGACUGUGAAGAUCUCCACAAUCGUAGAGUUCUAGCGGCGCCAGCACCGGUUAGGGCAGAAAAUGUCAUUUCGGCACCAACAACUUUUGAACGGGAUGUAGAUCAUACACCACACUCCAGUGCAGAAGUUGUUAAACCAAAGCCAGAAAUUUCACAUUUGAAAGAAAAGUCAAAACCUUGCCAGAAUGAAAUAGCGACACCACGAUUACCAAAUACCCCACCGUCAGAAAUUAGGUCUUGGGUACCACCAUCUUUGUCGUCAUCGACACCAAGUGUUGAACAGCCUUCUACGGAGACGUCAGCACGGACAUCCUGUCGCUCUCAUUCAACAAUGCAGACUGAAGACGUAUGCCCAAGGCAUUUACAUCCGGGUUUCCAGCCAGUUUCCUGUACAGAAAGAACAGAACGAUCGGCCUGUAACCAUAGCAACCAGAAUCUUCCAUCGGGGCAGUGUCAUCCACACAGUCAUGUUCCGGCAAUGUCAUCCUCGCACGGGCAUCAUAUACCUACAGCAUUUAUUCCAGGUCACCAAGGUCACUUACUACAUGGAGUUCACAGAGGUCAUAGCGCACAUGGAGGUCACCAUAGUAACGGACAUGGUCACCAUGGCAGCCAUUCACAUAGUCAUGGACACGGGUCACAAUCUGCGUCUUGCUCUUGCAGUCGAGGAUCACACCCUCACAGUCACGUGCAUCAGGGUCCAGCCUCGCACCACCCAGCUCGUGCCCACAUACACCACCACCACUACCAUCCGGCUCCAUUCCACAUUCCCCCAUCUCCGUUCCCGCCAUUGAACACCCCGCAUCUUGUAAGGCCAACAAUACACCACCCGCAGAUGCAGCCGCAGGAUUCGCAGCGACUGUUUGACCUGAUGAGAGCACAGAUGCAACAUGCGCAACUUGUACAAGGGCCAAAUCUCUUACAGAUCCCACCGCAUAGUCUGGUAGAAGCCCAGCCGACACUUCCUCACCCGCAGAAUUCUUGUGCAAUGGAUGGAGCUAGAGUGCAGGGGAAUCCACCCCCUCCAGCCAACACACACCCCGCUCAAAGUACACCACAGGCGCCUCCACAACACCAGCAUUUACAUCACCAUCUUCACCACUACCAUCAUGCCAGUGUACCGCGUCUACACCAUUUUGCUGUGCCCGGUAUGCAUUAUGGUGUCCCAGUCAUGAGACCAUUCCCAGAAUUCCCUGCUCUGCCAGAUUUCCCAGCAUUCCCUCCAGCAGUUCCUCCAUCAUUUGGCAAUGUGCCAAGGAAUAUUCAGAUGCGUCUGCAACUUGGAAGAAUGAUGUUCAAUCCUCAUAGACCUCCAACUUAUGAGGAACUGUUACACUUAGAGGAACGUCUAGGAAAUGUGAACCGCGGUGCUAGUCAAGAAACUAUAGAACAAUAUACAUUGCCACAUAAAUAUAAAAAGGUGAAGAGAAUCAAUGAUGACGAGGAUGAUGAUGAAGAAAAUCACCUGGAGAAGUGUACAAUCUGUCUCAGUGAGUUUGAAGAUGGGGAGGAUGUCAGGAGGUUACCGUGUAUGCAUCUCUUCCACAUAGUUUGUGUUGACCAGUGGCUUGGGAUGAACAAAAAGUGUCCAAUAUGUCGUGUUGACAUAGAGGUGGGGUCUAAAGACCAGGGGGCAGCGGCUUCUGGCUCUGGUGAUUGCUGAUUGGCUAAUCUUGGAAGCUUAGUUCUGAUUGGUUGUUGAAGAUUUAAAGGCGAUAUCUGAUUGGCUGAAAAUAGAAAACAGAACAUCCAAAGGAAGACUAGAGAAAAUUCAAGAAAGCAAGCAAUACUAUACAAGUGUAGGAGCUAUAUUUAGAAUAAGAUUUAUAAAUAAAAAUUUAUGCGAAUGAUUCUCUAUGUCAGUGAGUUAAAUCUGUAAAUAAUUAGGUGUAAUGAAAUGUGUUGUAUCAAUAAUGUUUAAUAUUUUUUCCAGUGGGAUAACAAAAGCAAGUUUUUUUCAAUGGAGCAAAGUGCGAUAUACAUUUAAAAGCUAUUUUAAAAAAUAUAUAUCAAAACUUCUUUCCUUCUUUUAAGCCUGUUGCCAUGGUAACAGAUAGCAAUUCCUUUUCUAUUAUCAUUAUUCUUACAGCAUGAUAUAUAUAUGUAUCAAUAAUUGCUUUUUUCAGGUAAGUUUAAUCUAAAGGUUGUAUUAGAAAUACAUAUUUUUUCAAGGGGUGUUGUGAUUUCAUCUGUAAAAAUAAUUAAGAUAUGAGCCGCGCCAUGGGAAACCAACAUAGUGGGUUUGCGACCAGCAUGGAUCCAGACCAGCCUGCGCAUCCGCACAGUCUGGUCAGGAUCCAUGCUGUUCGCUUUCAAAGCCUAUUGCAAUUAGAGAAACUGUUAGCUGGAUCCAUGCUGGUCGCAAAGCCACUAUGUUGGUUUUCUCAUGGCGAGGCUUAUAAUUUCAUUUAAUGUUGUGUUAACUGUGCUAUUUUAUAAUAAAAACUAAAAGAUUUCGUCAAUGAAGAAUUUAAAAAAAAUGCAAUAGAAACCUUCAGGUGAAACUUUACAUUUUGGAAAUUUGAUCAGCUUAAUUAAUACUCAAGAAAUUUUCAAGUGAAAUUGCACUUCUAAAAAUUGUAUGUGGAUAUGUCACUCCUGAAAUUUUCAGUUGAAAUUGCACUUCUAAAAAUCAUCUGUGGAUAUGUCACUUCAGAAAUCCUCAAAUGAAAUUGCCGUUCUAAAAAUCGUCUGUGGAUCUUUCACUCCUGAAAUCGUCAAAUGAAAUUGCACUUCUAAAAAAUGUAUGUAGAUUUUGCAUUCCUGAAAUCUACAAAAUAUUUGAGUUUCUACUUAAAUAAUUUUCAGAAAUAUUCACUUGCUUAUAAAUUCCUUUUUCGCAGCUUCCUGAACAGAUCGUCUGAAAUUGCUUAAUUUGGUGGGCAUAAGACUUCAGUGGCUUUGUCCAAAAUCAGAUAAUUUGUGGGGGCAUGAUUUCCAAGAUUACCGAGAUAAACUGUUUUGGAAAUCUACUUGUAUAUUCAAUUUAAUUUUACAGAUUGAUCCAACAGCGACAAAGCCAUUAAAAAAAUAAUCCCCCCACAAAUAUUGAUGAUUUUAUAGUACUACUUUUGGCAAUAGAUUUUCAUCAUUAAUUUGCGAUAUACGUACAAAAUGUUACAGUGUGUACUUUAUACCACUGUUUCUUAUAUUUGUUCUUCGAAACUACUCGGUAAAACAAGCACAAGAAAUCUGUCUGUUUUUCUCUUUCUUGAAUGAGAAUUUUCUUUUGAUGUUUUUUUGUAACUUUAUGAGAGCAUUCAUUACUGUAGCUGCAGCUACUUGUCAAAUUGUUGUUUUUUUUUCCAAACUAUUUAAUCCAUUAGUCAAAAAUUUGAUGUAACUGGUAAAAUUGACAUGUUGGUACAGUUGGCCAGUAAGCCUUAAAAAUCUUUUAAAGGCUUUUCGAUUGGAAUAAUACAUGUCUUCUAAAUAUCUAGUCGAAAUUUACCGAGGGAUGAAUGCAAUACUGCCUUAAGUUGUAUUAAAUAAAGGAGUUACGGCAGUAUUGCGCUCAACCCGCAUUAUGUGGUCUUUUAGUCCACCCUUGAAAAUAAUUUUUUAAAUUUUAUUUCUAAGUAUUAAAAAUAUUUUACCAUGAAAUGUGAUUAUUAAUUUUUUUGUCUAAAAAUAUAACUAAGUAUAAAAUCGGGAUCACUUGUCAGAAUUGCCAGUUACUAUUACCUGUUAAUUGAGCCGCGCCAUGAAAAAACCAACAUAGUGGCUUUGCGACCAGCAUGGAUCCAGACCAGCCUGUGCAUCCGCUGGUCGCAAAGCCACUUUGUUGGUUUUCUCAUGGCAUGGCUCUUAUAGUAUACACCUCAGAAUUUUCGUUGUUCACAGGGUAAUUUACAUGUUAUUUUGUUGUGAUGUUGUAUUUUAGCUUUGUACACCAUGUUUACUCAUCUAUAAGGCUAGUCUUUUCUCCUGAAAAAUAACUAAAAAUGUGUCUUAUGAGUGAGUCAGCGUUAUUGACUUGUAAGUAUGACAGAAUCUACAGAAUACUGCUCGUUUUGAAGUAAUUACAAGAGCCGUUCUUUUAGAAGGCUCGUCUUGUAGAUGGAUAAUUACGGUACAAAUAUAAUAUUCUCAGCUUUAUUCAUUAACGCGUCAAGACAUUAUGUUGUUGCAAAAAUUCAGUGAGAAGUUUGUUGUUGUUUUUAUUCAAAAGAAAUAGCAUAAAAAAUUGUAAAUAUGUUUACACAUUGUUAUUGUUGUUACAUUACACUUUGGCUUUUACAUUCUAUAUUUAAUCCAUAUAAAGUUAGCUUUUUUGGCAUUCUUCUCUUCAAAUUUGAUUCAGAAAUUACUGUAAUACUAAUUUGAAUUCUCAUCAUAUUAUUUUUUAGCUUGACUAUUUGAAGAAUAGGUAGUCUGCGGUGGCAUCAGCAUUCCGUUUUGGUUAAGUUUUUGUAUGUAAGCUGGUAUCUCGGGAACUACUUCUGGGAAUGGAUUGUAACUUCAAACUCUUAUUCAUUGUAAAGAACUGACUUACACUGCACAGGUUCCAUAACUCUGUUUUGGUUUUUUUUUUUUACAUAGUUAUGCCUUUUUUUCAACUUAUAUUUAUUCAACAGACAAGGCUGUUGAAUAGUCGAGCAUUGAUGUCCUCUUGACAGCUCUUGUUUAAUUAUGUUGAAAUGUAUAAAUUGAUGGAAUAAUGCUUAGAGUGAAACAGUGAUUUGUGUAAUUUUUUAAUUAAUACCUGGAAAUAUAUUAAAUAUAUGGGACACAUCUGGGGGUCAGCUGCUUAGGGAUGUUAUAUUUAAUGGCUCAUACUGCCUUUCCUAAUAAUGUGGCUGCCGCAUUUUUUGUUUUGACAUUAAGUCCUAAUUGCAGUCAUUGUUUUGUCAAAGGUUUGAAUAUUGAUUUACGAGGAAGAAUGUUUUUUUAUUGAAUACAUUGUUUUUGAUUACCUCCCUUUAUGACUCUUACUGUUUAAAAUACAUUUUGCAGAAUUGAAAGUAGUGCUUUUCUUACCAUGUAAUGAUGCAUAACAUCUAUUUGGAAAGCUUUUUCAUUCUGUUUUUAACAUAAAAUUUAAAGCCAUAUGGGACUUAUAUUCUACAUCUCAGGCAAAACAAACAGGCGACCAGAAUAGCUUGAUAGGGCUUUGUUGUGAAAAAAAUGAAAACGUAUAAACUAGUUGUAUUGUGACAUUGUGUUCAAACUUUGAAAUGCACCAAAUGUGUAAAUAAAUUUUGCUUUAGAAGUACAGCAUUUAAAAAAAAAUAUGAAUUAUUAUGUUUUGUAAUCAAAUUUAUCAUUUUACAGAUCUCAUGUAGUGAUUUUGUAUUCCAUUGGUAUGUGUUAGAUAAUAUUAUUAUAUUUGUAUAGCUAUUUUCCCCUUUGUUUUCACUGUAAUAUUAACCUUUACCACGCUAUAUUUCUACAAUGGACUUGUCCAUCUUCCAAUUUGGACAGUCAUAUUAACUGUUAAAAGGGAUGAUUACCUAAAAGAUACUGACUGAAUGGUGAACAGUGCAGAUCAUGAUCAGACUGCAACAGUUACUGACUAAAUAGCGAACAGUGUAGACCACAAUAAGCCUGCACGGAUUUGCAGUCUGAUAUUGGUUUGCGCUGGUUGCAAUGGCAAAAUCGUGUGCCGCCAGCAGGCUAAAUGUUAAAUUGCUAAUUUUUUUGUUGAAAUUUUGAGAGCUACUAUUGAUUUUACAUACUUAUAUGAGUAGAUUUUGUUUUAUUAUUUAGUCACCAAAUUUUGGUAUGUUUUUUUUUAUUGCUGGCUUGUGUUUGAAUAUUUCUAUUUUUCUCUUUUCUUUUUUUUCAUUCUUGUCUUUCUUCGUUAAUUAAGGAAAUUAUAAAUUUUUGCAAAGGUUUCCAAGCCCUUGUAAAUAAAUUACACUAUUUGUGAAAAAAUUUCAUCUUUUUUUCCCCCUGAAGGGAGGCAUAUUAGUUUUCAACUGUCCGUCCGUUCGUUCGUUCGUUAGUUAGUUAGUUCGUUCGUCACAACGUUAACUUUUUGCAUGAAGGCACUUUACUCACGAACCACUGCACCCAGGACCUUGAAACUUCACAUGCUGACAGUACUUAUUGAGUAUAUCACCCCUACUGACUUUGGGGCCACCAGGUCAAAGGUCAAGGUCACAGGGGCCAACGUUAACUUUUUGCAUGAAGGUCUUUUACUUAUGAACCACUGCAUCCAGGACCUUCAAACUUCACCUGCUGAUAGUACUUAUUGAGUACACCACCCCUACUGACUUUGGGGUCACCAGGUCAAAGGUCAAGGUCACGGGCCAACGUUAACUUUUUUCAUGAAGGCACUUUACUCGCGAACCACUGCACCCAGGACCUUCAAAUUUCACAUGCUUAUAGUACCUAUUGAGUACACCACCCCUACUGACUUUGGGGUUACCAGGUCAAAGGUCAAGGUCACAAGGGCCAACGUUAACUUUUUGCCUGAAGGCCUUUUACUCACGAACCAAUGCACCCAGGACGUUCAAACUUCACAGGCUGCUAGUACUUAUUGAGUACACCACCCCUACUGACUUUGGGGUCACCAGGUCAAAGGUCAAGGUCACAGGGGCCAACGUUAACUUUUUGCAUGAAGGCACUUUACAUGCGAACCACUUCACCCAGGACCUUCAAACUUUACUUGCUGAUAGUACUUUAUGAGUACACCACUCCUACUGACUUUGGGGUCACCAGGUCAAAGGUCAAGGUCACAGUGGCCAACGUUAACUUUUUGCAUGAAGGCACUUUACAUGCGAACCACUUCACCCAGGACCUUCAAACUUCACAUGCUGAUAGUAUGUAUUGAGUACACCACCCCUACUGACUUUGGGGUCACCAGGUCAAAGGUCAAGGUGCUGCGGGGGCAUUUGUCACCAUUAGUGACAGCUCUUGUUACUUUAGAUUUCCUGGUAAAAGGCCGUAGGACUACCCAUCAAUUGUGAGUGUGUAUUGUGCUCGGGCUUAGAUGAGUUUCCUCAACUGACAUGGGUAUAAACUAUGAUUGCUGUUUUUUUUUCCUCAAGACUUUAGGCUCGAAUAGGGAACGUUUGUUAUACCCAGGUUCGUUUUAUACAUGGGUAUUUACGGUACUUGUUGUUCAGUUGAUUUUAUGAGUUUGGUGCAAAAUAUCUGUAUCUGAUCAAAAUGUUUGCAGCAUUAUUCUUUAACAUUUACUCACCUAAAUUUUUAAAAUGAACUGAUCUUCCAUUCAGUUUGAGCAGUACCAUUCAUUAUUCAAAGGGGUGUUCAUGGAAAAUGUACUUAAGGCAUAGUGGACAGCGCAGACCAAAAUGAGCCUGCAGAUUAUAGAAGUUUAUCCUUUGACCUUUGGUUCAUCAAUCAUUGGUGAACAUUUUUUUUUUGUCUUUGAUAAUUUCUUUUAUAUUCAAUCCCUUUCUCUACUGUUAAACUCCACUAUUUAUUAAAAUUGUUGUGUGUAUAACAUUAUAUAAGUGUAAUUUAAAGAAUUUGAUGGAAGACUAUAUUUUGUGUGUGUAAAUGUGCAACCAAACGGCAUUGAGAAACGGACUUUAGAUGUCUGAGUUUGUUAGAAAUUUUGACAGAAAAUCAGAAAUAGGCUAUAAAUAUAGGUAGGGAAAACAAGAAACAGACUAUAGAUGUUUGAGUUUGUUAAAAUUUUCAACAGUAAUUUUGGGAAAUACGCUAUAAAUAUAAGAAGGGAAAACAAGAAACAGACUAUACUUAUAUUUCAUUUAUAUGAGGAUAGUAAAUUAAACAUAGAUGAUCAGGAUUAUUGAUGGUUAUACUGUUUAACAGUGUAUUUCUACAAAAGAUUUAGCCAAAAUAUGUUUAUUUUAACCCUUACCCUGCUAAAUUUCUGUAAUGAACUUUUCCAUCUUUCAAUUCGGACAGUACCAUUAACUGUUAAAAGAGGUGCUUACCAAAAAGAUACUGACUGAAUGGCGAACAGUGCAGAUCAUGAUCAGACGAUGUGCAGGCUUAUCGUGAUCUACACUUGUUGCAAAGGCAGAAUCAAAUGUGUCCCAGCGAUAAGGGUUAAUGUUGUAGCAACACACACAACAUCUUUAAAUCACAAUGUUAGUAGAAGAAAAAAAUGCGGCAUAAUUUCUAGGUGCUUUACUGUGUACCCCAAAAAACCAAGAGGCGAUUAUUUAGUAUUCUUGUAAAAGACUAUGUCAGGUGUUUGAAUCUGUUUAAUAUGUAUUUUUGAGAUAUGUUGUUCUAUAAGUAAAUGGCUUUGGAUGAUUUAUUUAUAAUUCACCCUGUGACCUAGUUAUAGGUCAGGGAGAACCUGUAUGAAGCAUGGAAUAAAGAAUACAUUACUAACAAUAUAGAUUUGAGCCUCGCCAUGAGAAAACUAACAUGGUGGGUUUGCGACCAGCAUGGAUCCAGACCAGCCUGCACAUCCACGCAGUCUGGUCAGGAUCCAUGCUGUUCGCUUUCAAAGCCUAUUGCAAUUAGAGAACCUGUUAGCGAACAGCAUGGAUCCUGAUCCGCGCAAUCUGGUCUGGAUCCAUGCUGGUCGCAAACCCACUAUGUUGGUUUUCUCGUGGCACAACUCAUUUAAUAAGUCAAGAAAAUAAUUCAGGAAGUCUUGGUGGCUGAGUACUAGUAUCUUUCCACCAAAUUUGAAUAAAAUUUACUUAUUUUAUUACCAAGUGCUUAAUUUUUACCAUAUUUACUGUAAAACUUUGUCAAAGAAUUAUUGUUGAUGACAUAAUUGUCAGUGAAUAGACUUUUAUUGUAAAUUGUUUUUUGUAUUGUUCCAAUAUGGAAUUUUUGUUUUUUAUGCUUUUAUGUUGCAAUAACAAGCAAUUGUAAAUUUUAACACAAUUUAUGUAGAAUAGUCUCAAUGUGUUACAUAUUUAUGUAUUAACAUAUGUGUAUUUAAACAUUAGUAUUAUCACCCAUAUAGAUUUUCAUUGCAUAGUGUUUUAUUUUCUUAAUAUAUAGGUAACAAGAUAUUUAUUUUUGGCAUACUAACUAAAUGUUGUAAUAUUUUAUUUUAGGGGUGUGCGGGGGUUGGGGGUGCGGAGCGGGGGUUGAGAAAUGUAUGUGUUGUAUUGUAAUGUGGCUUCAAUGUAGUUAAUACACAAUUAAGAGAAAAAAGAAUCUGAUCUUGAUUCAGUUCAACUUAAUAAUUUCAAUUUGUCUUUCUUAUUGUACAGAAUUAUAUUCAUUCUCGUUGGUAGACACAGGUUUUUUUUAGCUAAUAAUUUUAAAGUUUCACUUUUAACUAUAAAAUGUUUGUAAUCAUCUGAUUGGCUGAUGCCCGUUUUCCAUUUUCAUGUUCAGCCAAUCAUACUUUAGAGCUGAUUGGAUGAAGAUUUUGAAUUAUUUUCAAACAAAAACAACCAGUUGAAUUAAAGUAUUUGAAUUUGACUUUGUUUUGAUUGGAUAAUGUUUUUUAACCAUUUUUAAAUUCAACCAAUCAUGUGCUAAGUAUUGUAAGAUUUCAGUGGAAAGUUCUGUAGCUUAUCUGUGGCUGAUUAUCUAUUCAAGUUUGUGCAAGAGCUUUUGUCUGAGUUUUUUUAGCAGGAGAUAUUUAUGGUCUUGGUUAUGGAAGCUUAAAAGGGACACAAAGAUUGGGCUUUUAUUACCUACUAUUUAUGAGAAGGAAUUGUGCUUUAUCUAUAUAGCUAAAUAUAAAUUACAAAUAAAUGUUGGGCCUUUGUGGCCGAGUGGUUAAGGUCACUGACUUCAAAUCACUUGUCACGCACCGAUGUGGGUUCGCGCCUCACUCGGGGCAUUAACAUCUUCAUGUGAGGAAGCCAUCCAGCUGGCUUACGGAAGGGCGGUGGUUCUACCCAGGUGCCCACUCGUGAUGAAAAUGCACAGAGGGGCACCUGGGGUCUUCUUCCACCAUCAAAGUUGGAAAGUCACCAAAUAACUUAUAAUUGUGUCGGAGCGACGUUAAACCCAACAAAAACAAACACCAGUGUCUGGAAAAAAAUAAGCUGCCGUACUGAAGGAGUUUUUGGCAUGGCAAUUUACAUUAAUGUAUAUGUUAUAGAACUCUUACAUUGCAGGUAAUUUUCGUAUGUUCCUUUUUUUUUUUUUUUUGCAAAUUUGUAAGGAUGGUGGAUAGAUCAGUUCUUAUCCAUGCCUCAAAUAUUCAGAAGUGUGAUAUAUAACUUCUAAAAGUAAAAUAAAAAAAAAAAAACAUGGGAAAAAAAUGAAAAGAAUGGUUUUAUUUGUGUGUUAACUUCUUUAUUUUCUUUUAAAUGUUUUUUGACUUAUAGACUAAUGCUAUAACUUAGGUGACAGUACAUUAAUAUAUUAACAAUGCUUAGACAAAGAAAUAUUAGGUGUACAAAUGCUUGAAGUACUUUGUCCCGCAGGUGAUUUAUAUUCCGGAGUUUUUAGAGUUUUUUCGUAGUAGUGAAUUGUUUUACCAAAUAAUCAGAGUUUGUUGUAUAACUGACGGGCAUGCUGCUCGAAGCAUUCGUAACAUUUUUUUUAUUGAAUAUUGUAUUAAAUAUACUUGACACAAAUAAAGAUAUGCAAGAUGUUGGGGAUGUUAAAGUUUGACUUGCACUGCUUUGGAGUCGUUGCCUUGGUUUUAAGGGAGGUGAAACAUAUUGCUCCCCGUCCCUGACGUGAGUUACUUGACAAAUCAUGUACUAUGAAAUCGUUUAAUUUUGUGGUUGUGUUUUUGGAGUUUUCUUUUUUGCCAAAAGUGCUAUUUCAUGGGGAUAUGUUUGUGGACUUUAACUUUUAAUGUACGGGCCCUGUGGAAGGAGUGGUUCUUGCCUGUCACUGAUAUUGGUUUAAGCCUCACUUCUGGCAUUGAAUUUGUCGUCGAAGAAGCUAUCCAGCUGGCUAACAGAAGGUCGAUGGUUCUACCCAGGUGCCCCCCAUGAUGAAAUUAUGCCUAGAGGGACACCUGGGGUCUUCCUCCACCACCAGAAGCUUCCAAGGUGACCAGUAAUUGUGUUAGAAUGAAUGCCAGUUGCGAGUGACACAUCCACAAAAAUGGAUUUGAUUUUGUUGAUUACCGUCCACAAAAAUUGAUUUGAUUUUGUGGAUUGAUGCAUCUGCAAAAAUGGGUUUGAUUUGCAGAUUGACACAUCCACAGAAAAAAAUGGAUUUGAUUUUGUGGAUUUCACAGUAAUUGAAUUGUUCCACAACAGUAAUCUGUCAGACUCCACGUGCAUUUAAGGUAAUGGACUGGUUGUGACAUGCGGCAAUUUCCGUAUGAUCUUGUACUAUUGUUACACAAUUUGGCAUUCUUCAAGCAUAAAUAUUAAGCUGAGCACCCACAGUGCUGUCCAUAAAAAAACUGGAGAAUAUGGAAGUCGCAUACUGAGAAUAUGUAAUUUGCCGAUUGUCACUACUGGUGCUCUACCUUAGCAUCAUAGAUAUAUAUAUAUAUAUAUAUAUAUAUAUAUAUAUAUAUAUAUAUAUAUAUAUAUAUAUAUAUAUAUAUAUAUAUAUAUAUAUAACUUGCAUAUUUUAUAGUGUUUGGUAUCUUUUUUUGUUACAGCCCUUAAGCAAUAAGCCCUUCAUAUGUGUAUUUAUUAUUUAUCGGUUAAGGGGUUAUCUGUGUUGGAUUUUUUUUUCAGCUUAGACAGUAUCAAGAGAUACAUGUAUUUACAGAUUUUUAAACUUGUUGGCGUAUCAAAUGCAUCUUUCACAUACUGUAAAAUCACCUUAUUCUACUGGCAUGAAAUUUCGUGGUUUUGGUCAAAACGGCAAUUUUGUGGGGAUAUGAAUUUUUGGAUUUCAACUUCUGAACAAAAAAUGAAUGGGAAUUUUACUUUUUCGCUGGGAUUAAAUUGCAUGGAUUGACCCUACCACGAAAUCCACGAAAGUUAGUCCCUCACGAAUAUUUAUGAUUUCACAGUAAAAAUUGUUUACUCUGCUAAUGUGUGUUGACUUUAUGGUACAGAUGUAAAGAUUGGAGAGUCACCAUUCAUUAUGAUAUGAUGGUAGAUACAUCAGGGAAGAGAAACUUGUGUCAUAUGGCACGUCUUGUCAUAUGACACGUCUUAACAGCUUAAAUCAUGUGUAAAUUUUCUCAUUAACACCAAUGCCAAAAUUAAAAAAAAAUAUUAUGCAUUUCUUUUUAUAUAUUUGCAAUGUAUUUGAAGUCUUUUUGAGUUAUUCCAGUUACAGUGAAUGUUGUUAUUACGUAAAGCUACGAAAUCAUGUAGUCGAUACUAAUAAUUACGUUAUUGUAAAAUGAGAAAUUUUCGCAAGGGAUUUUUAUUUCGCUGUAUAUGCUGACUGUCCAUGUCCGCAAAAGUAAUUAUUGGUUCAGGUAAUGGUAUAUGUCUCACAAGCUGGUAAUAUGUGAGUCAGUUCUAAUAUUUAGAUACUGUGAACUUUUAGCCUUUGAGAAAAUAUCUCAUUUUACAGGGUUUUUUUUAAUCUUAAAUGUUAAGCUUUUUGAGUGUUAUGAAAUCACCUUGUUUUUUUUAGAAUUUAUAAAAUUGAUUUUUAUGCUGUGAAAAAAAAACUGUACACUUAAUUUAGUUUGGUGUAAAGUAUAAAAAACAAGUGUAUAUGGUAGUUUCACAUGACGUAUUGCAUUUAUGCUUGGCACUGAUGGUAUUUACACGUGAUACAGAGUUUUGUUUUCAAAAUUAAAGAGAAUCAAUUCGUAAUCAUGACAGUAAUACACGAGUUAUAAAACUGAAUGCAAUUCAUGGUGCUUCGGAAGCUUGAUUUUUGAUCAUUGUUGUAUAUAAGCUUGUUAAAACUGAAGCACCGUCAGUUCGGCUAAUCUCCUGUCAAUAGGAGCUUGAUUUUGAUGAAAUUUUACACAGAAUUAAAUUGGAAUUUUUAAUCGGAAGCUUUAUAUUGAUCAGUGUAAUAGGAAAGCUUGCUAAGAUUUGAGCUUGAUGUGUUUGUUUUCAAAGCUUAAUCUCUCCAUCAGUGAAUAUAGAAGCUUGUUUUUGGUCAGUUUUAUAUGAAAGCUUGCAGGAAAGAAAUAGGUUAUAUAUCAGGGUAGAGUCUGGUAGUUCUGCCUGUUUCUUACGUCAGUACUUGGGGGUUUUAGGCGAUUUAUCAGGAUAUGCUAGCCAUAUGGAGAUGUAAAAUGGCUGAUUGAAUUUUGUAAUUUGGAGAAGAAAAGCAUGUUUCGAACAAGCAGAACUACCUUUAAGUGUAUGGAUUUGAGCCUUUUUUAUUUAAUGUAAAAAACUGGAUUUUCUUUUUCAACAAGAACUGAGAACAAAUUUUGUAUUUCAUUGUUUUUUGUUUUUGAGUGCCGUUUUGAAAUGAAAUAGCUUCCAAAUGCAGUGUACAUGUACUUUUAUGAAAUUCAAUUUAAAUUUGGGUAGACCUUUGUGUGUGACCCUACAUGUCCCCUAAUGCAUGUCUUUCAAGUACAUGUACAUUGAUACCUGGGCGUAAGGAUAUAUAACGGUAUUUUGAAACCUGUCUCAAAGCUCUAGCUUCUAAUUGGUUGUUUAUUAACACAUGUUUGAGAUUAACCAAUAGCAUGACUGCAUUUUGUGACUGGUUUCCAAAAACUCAGUUUUAUAUCCGUGAAUGUCUGUACUUAAAAAGAAUUUUUUUUUUUAAAGAAAAUGCAGAGUAUUAAUAUUACUGUUACUUUUUUCAUGUCUGAACACAGUUUUAUAUCUGCCAAGCAUGUUGUUUAAUCAGGGGAGUUAAUUUGUUUUUUUCAAAUUGUGCUUUGACGACCUGAAAGAUUUUCUUUGUUUACUAAUCAAAAUAUCAGUAGUGUUGAGGUAAAGUUUGGAGUUGUUAACAUGUCUGGUGUAUAUUUAAGUGUCAUAGAAAUUUACCCUAUAUGUAUUGGGACAUAUUUUUAGCUCACCUGAGCACAGUGUGUUCGAGGUGAGCUGUCGUGAUCACUCACCAUCCUGCAUCCAUCAGGUGUCCGUCUGUCCUCACUUUCUUCUUAGUGGAAACUUUAGAAAUCUAUCUGUAUGAAACUGCUGGGCCGAUUUUAGAAUAAUUUCAAACAAAUGGUCCUAGUGUGUCCCUCUACCAAGAUGUCUAAAUUACUCAGAUUUGUAACCAAAAAAAACAUGGCCGCCAGGGGGCGUGGUCACUUUUCCCUGUGGAAUCUUUAAAAGUCUUCUUGUGUGAAACUGCUGGCCCAAUUUUAAAAUAAUUUCACAUAAUGGUCCUUUUGUUACCCUCUACCAAGAAUGUUCAAAUAAUUUUGGUUCGUAAAAAAAAUUUCCUUACAUAACCAUCUGCCAAAAUCUGUCUAAAUCUGUAACUCAGGUGAGCAUUUUAGGGUCAUCAUGGCCCUCUUGUACACUUUUUAAAUGAUACAUGAUGGAAUCAGGUGAUGUAUUGGAAAGGACUUGCUGAAAAUCUUACACUGGUCUUCCCCAGCAAUGAAGAUUAAUUUUUAGCAGAAUACUAGUGAAAUAAUUUUUUUUUUCUCGCAGAAUUUUAGAACUUAGUAACUAUUAUUGACACCGUUUUGAACACAGUACAAACAGAAUUAAAUGUUUGGUGUUUGAAAAAAAAGGUGAUACCUGAAUUGUAGACUCCGCUUUAAGAUGACUUCACCUUUUAAAGAUUAUACAAUGUAAAUCAGGCAAGAAAAGAUGAAUAAUAAUAGCUGCCCGCUUCCAUGCAUUUAGAGUAGUGUUCUAAGACCGAAAUACCGUAAAGUAUCUAACGAUGGAGCUCCCAAGUCCAGUUAUAAUUUUUUGCAUUUCCGGUAAUGAAUAUUUGAAAAUUUAAGAGGGAGAUUUGCCUUGAGAAAAGUAUUGUAUUGCAGAGUCCUGAAAGAAGCGCAUUUCUCUGUAAGUCGGAAAAGUCAGAUUGGUGAACAAAGGGAAUGUUUUUUGGUCAUUUUUGGACCAUUUUAUAUCUCACUAUUGAUACCUCAUAGUUUUAGUUUUUAUCGUGUGUUUGAGAAAUUACUAUUUUGUAUACUUAGAGAAUUAGUCAUACAGUAAUGCUUUUUUCUUGCUUAUUUGAUAUUUUAUGGUAUUAUGGUAUUAAAGUAUAAUACAGUAUUUAUAGUUAAUCAAUAAACAUGUUUGCCUGCUAA